AUGAUGCUGAUGUUCUACUUCUGACAUUCUCUCUCUCUCUCUCUAGAACAUAAAAGACUAAACCUUUUUCCUUCAAACCAAACUCUUUGGGGUUUCUUAUUAGAUUUAUAUUCUUCCGAUCUUUAACCAAUUCCAAGUUGCUGUCUUCUCUCCAAUUCGUUUCCCAUAGAAUAAAGUUCCUCUGUUUUUCCUCUAAACAUGGAUUCUCCGAGGUGAUUGAUAAUCAAGAAUUUUUUCUCUCUCUCUCUCUAAGGUAUUACUCCGAUUAGAUUAGGCUGCUUUGUUAGAUUAGGGAUAAGAACUCAUCUGGGUUUAGGUUCCUUUUGUUGAUAACGACGAUAAAGGCGAGAGCUUUUUAUAAUGGAGGAGAAGCAGAGUAGUAUGACUAUAAUGGAGGAGAAACAGAGCUUUAACCAGACGGAGAAUCAUCAUCAGCCUAGAAAGGCGAGAGCUUUAGAGAAACAAGUUAGUUUCCAAGGCGUGAACGUUGAGAAUCAUUACCAUCAUCAGCCAAGCAGACUGAGAAGGUCAAUGGAGAAGCAGCUGAGUUUUCGAGGUGUGACGACCAACACUGUAGAGAAUCAGAAUCAGAAUCAGAAACGUGGGGUUAUGGAGAAGCUUCCCAGCUUUGGUAAAGCGUCGUCAUCAAUGGAGAGGCAGAAGAGUUUCCGUGGCGGGUUUCUAGAGAAGCAGAAAAGCUUCCGCGUGGUGAUGGAGAGGCAGCUGAGUUUCAUCGGUGAGAGGAGGAGGAAGACUGAGUCGCCGGGGAAGAGAGGUGACUCUCCUCUUCAUAUAGCAGCUCGGACUGGGAACUUGGGGAAGGUGAAAGAGCUGAUCAGAGGUUGUAGCUGCGGCGAUGGUAAAGAGUUGAGAGAGUUGUUGUCAAAGCAGAAUCUCGAAGGAGAGACUGCUCUUUAUACUGCAGCAGAGAAUGGGCAUUCGUUUGUUGUUGAGGAGAUGUUGAAGCAUAUGAGUCUUGAAACUGCUUCUAUAGCAGCUAGAAAUGGGUUUGAUCCAUUCCAUGUGGCAGCUAAACAAGGCCAUCUUGAGGUGUUGAAGAAACUGUUAGAGACAUUCCCAAACUUGGCAAUGACAACAGAUUUAUCAUGCACAACUGCGUUACACACGGCUGCAACGCAAGGACACAUCGAUGUGGUGAAUCUUCUUUUGGAGACAGACUCUAACUUGGCUAAAAUAGCUAAGAACAACGGUAAAACCGCGCUUCACUCAGCAGCAAGGAUGGGCCACGUGGAAGUUGUCAAAUCCUUGAUAGGUAAUGAUCCAAGCAUCGGGUUUAGGACCGAUAAAAAGGGACAAACAGCUCUUCACAUGGCUGUGAAAGGUCAGAACGAUGGGAUCGUUGUUGAGUUGGUGAAACCUGAUGUUGCGGUUCUGAGCGUUGAGGAUAACAAAGGAAACACACCGUUGCACAUUGCCACAAACAAGGGCCGUGUUAAGAUAGUGCAGUGUUUGGUAUCUUUUGAAGGCAUUAACCUAAACCCAAUAAACAAAGCUGGAGAUACACCACUGGACAUAGCUGACAAGAUAGGAAACGGAGAGCUUGUGUCUGUCCUAAAGGAAGCAGGAGCAGCCACAGCUAAAGAUCUCGGGAAGCCUCAGAACCCCGCCAAGCAACUGAAGCAAACGGUCAGUGACAUCAAGCACGAGGUGCAAUCUCAGCUCCAGCAGUCCAAACAAACCGGCGUGAGAGUCCAGAAGAUAGCCAAAAGACUCAAGAAGCUCCACAUCAGCGGUCUUAACAACGCGAUAAACUCGGCGACAGUCGUCGCCGUGCUUAUCGCCACGGUGGCCUUCGCGGCCAUCUUCACAAUCCCGGGCCAGUACGAAGAGGAUCCAACCAAAGGAGCGUUGCUAGGACAAGCGCACAUAGCGAACAGAGCGCCGUUUCUUGUCUUCUUUGUUUUCGACAGCUUGGCGCUGUUUAUAUCGUUAGCUGUCGUCGUGGUGCAGACUUCGGUGGUUGUGAUCGAGCAGAAGGCGAAGAAGAAGCUCGUGUUCGUGAUCAACAAGCUCAUGUGGUGCGCUUGUCUGUUCAUUUCCAUUGCGUUUGUGUCUCUCUCUUACAUUGUCGUGGGGAAAGAGGAGAUGUGGUUGGCCGUGUGUGCUACGGUUAUCGGCGGGACGAUCAUGUUGACGACAAUCGGGGCCAUGUGUUACUGUGUGGUGAGGCAUAGGAUGGAGGAGUCUAAGCUGAGGAGUAUAAGGAAAGAGAGGAGCAAGUCUCAGUCUUUCUCUAUGUCUCGUAUGCCUUCUGAUUCGGAGAUUCUGAAUGGUGAAUACAACAAGAGAAUGUAUGCACUAUGAAAGACAAACCAAUAUUAUAUAUACACUUGUAUUUUUUUGUACCUGUAAACCGUUUCUAUUCGUUGAAGUAUCAUCAACGCAACGCAAUAUACAGUAUAGUUUUAUUAUAGUAUAUCCAUUAUAUCUAA